GGCGCGCCGCUGCGUGUUUCCGGUCCACGGUGAACCCGGACAGGUGUAGACAGGUGUAGACAGGUGUAGACAGGUGUAGACAGGUGUAGACAGGUGUAGACAGGUGUAGACAGGGGCGUCCGAAGCAGAAACAGAUGUCUGAGUUGAAGCCUCCAGAGGCCGGCAGCUGGACUGAGAGCCAGAUGAUGAUGAUGGAGGGCGGGGCCUGGCAGGAGAACACACUGCCUGUGAGUGCAGCUCAGGUGUUCAGCCCCGCCUCCACCAGCAUCAAAGAAUCAUGGGAAAUGGAGGCUGAAAAGAGGCCCUUCCUCCAGCAGCACUUUGUCCAAGAGGAGUGGCCCGAAGAGAAGCCACCUCGAGGGCGGUGCUGCAGUGAGCGCGUGGUCCUCAAGAUGGCGGUGUCCUUGGGCACAGCGGCUCUGUUUUUCCCCUUCCUGCUGUGGGGCGGAUACGUCUUUCUCCCCUUUGACGCGCCGGUGAUGGACAGCGCCCCCCUCAGGCUGGUCUACACUCUGCGCUGCUGUGUCUUUGCUUCACUGCCUGUAGCACUGGGGUACCUGGUCCUGGGCGUGUCGCGGUUCCGCUCUGGUGAAGUGCAGUCUCUGUGUGAAACUGAGGGGUGUGGCUCCGUAGGGCUGAAGAGAACAGGGAUUAAUGAUGUCAGCGUACACCGCGGCUUUGUGUCUGACUCCACUCACCUGUUCCUGCUCUACUUCCUGCAGCUCGCCGUCAUGGCGACCUACCUGAGCCAGGAGCAGCUCAAACUGGUGCCGCUGCUCACGCUGCUCUUCUGCCUCGGACGGCUGGUGUACUGGGUGGCUGCAAUGUUCCAGAGCAGUAUCCGCGCCUUCGGGUUCGGGUUGUCCUUUCUUCCAUCCCUCGCCAUGAUUGCCGCCAAUCUGUACUUCCUGGUUACCAUGGAGAUGAGUGGCGGUGCUUUCAGCCCACCUCAGAAAGAGCAGGCCCCGCCUCAAGGACGCCAGCGCUUCUGGGGCUGAGCAGUGGACCAGGACUUAACCCCGAACUGUGCCAUUAAAAUCCCAACAGCUCAGGAUAUGGCCAUAACAAUAUUUAGUUUUUGUGAUGUUUUUCUAUGAUUCAGUGAUUUUGGUAAAGAUGCUGCUUCAGUUUGACACAGUUUCCUCUGUAGGAAUCUGGUCUGUGCAUGCAACAACUUUAUGAAUCAUGUAUUUUAACCAUUAUUUCACAGUGAAAAUGCUGUGUGUCCUACAGACUCCACUGUUAGACUGAAUCAGACUCAAUGUGUGCACAUAUGACUAAACUCUGUCCUCAAAUGAUCUGCGAAAAAUUACAUCAAAAUAUAUUAUUAUUUUAAGAGCUGACACUACAGGCAAACCUUUUUUUCAAUUUUUAUUUUGUAUUUUCUUUGGGUUAGUUUGGUCUCUUGGCAUACAAGCUGCAUGUGGAACAAAAUGGUCCAAAUCUGCAGCGAAAGAUGUUUUAUUUAAUUGAUUACAACCUGCAGCCAUAGAGUCAUAAGAAACACGGUGCAUUUCCCCCAUAGGGACAUAAAGAUCAGCUCUUUAAGUAGCACCUCCACACACCAAACACUACAGUCUUGUACUUUACCAGAUUUUGAUGAAACGUAAACAAGGAUUUGUUUACCUAAUUCCAGCCUGACUUACUGCACAUGUCUUUUGUAAGAUCUAGUUUACUCAGAUACUUAAUCAGAUCCAAAAUCCCCUCUAUGUUUUAGUAUCUAAUAUGUCAACAAAAAGAAGCAAAAAAUAAUUCACCUUUUUGAGAUUCAUGUCCCAAAAAUUGUAAAUUUGUGUCAUUUUUAUGAAUAAAAUAUCUUUAUGUGACAACAUGCCAUAACAAAAAAAAAACAACAAAAAACUUAUAAUAUAUUUUUUUCUUAGAUUUAUAUAAGUAAACUUUCAAAUUGAUAUCUCUAAAUAUAAUCUUUUUUCCCACUGUCCUGCAGUGUGUCUUAAAGAGUUGAGUUUAUUCACACUGAAGUGGGAGCACAUUGUGGAGCCUGAUGAUCGUUUGAUCAGCCUGUGCAGAGUCACUGUGCAGGAGCUCUGUGAGGUUCCUCCUCAUGAAGACCUCUGCUCACCCAAAACAACACAAACCUGCUCUGUGGAACGGCUGCACAGUGCAACGCACUUAGAAAUACAACAAUAUACAUGUUUUCUACUUUCUACAUGUUAUAUACUGUACAUGUUUUAUAUUCUAAUCCUCAGAGUAAGCGCUGCAAACCCCUGGCCUUCUCACAAUGAGCUUUUAGUCCUACUUUCCUUGAAAUUCCUUAAUCAAAACUAUUAUGAUCUGACCUCUGACCCAAACUACACUUGCACUUUUUAAACAGAAAUGUACCAGGAAACGCUAUUUUAAUAUAUAAAAAGAUAAACCCUCAACUCACGGCCUAACCCACACCUUACAUUCUCCUGUCUGCUGGUGCCACAUAUAAAUCCUUAAACUUGUUUGCAUUUUUUUUAUUUAAGUAACAUAGUCACCGUUUGUCUGUUAGUUGGAGAAGUUUUUUGUUUUUUUUGCUUUUACAAUGGAUAGGAGAUAUAUAUGAUAAUAUACAUAAAUAAAUGCUUGGAUGUGCACAUUUAUUGUUUAGUACCUUGUGAAAUAAUAUGCUGCCUAAAGUUUAUACACUGUGAUUGUACACAUCAGAAAUAGACCAAACUGUGAAUGUGAUUGUUUGAAUUCGAUAAGAUUUGUCCAAGGCUCCGCCCACAAGUCUUUGUCACCCAUGCUCCCACAUGACAAUUCUCCAUAAAUAUACAAACACAUGAUACAAAACUGUACAUUACAGAUUUAUAAACCUGAUGCAAUGUGCACAUAGACUGUAUAUAUAAAUGGACUUCGCUAACCUGCUAGCCGCUGCGUUGCAAAUAGGAAGUGAGCCUGGGCACACAUCUAACUCCAUCGACGUCUCUCUGCAUCUGCUGCUGUCAGACUCGUCAUUCUGGUCUUACAUUUUUUUGUAUUAACCCACUCUACAUGAUCCUGGUGUUUUUAUUUCACUGUUGUUUCAAUAAAUCAAGAUAUAAACAUUAAUGAGAGACAAAUCAGGCACCUAGUGUCCACUAGUCUUAGUAACAGGUUUGAUUGACACCGUUGCUAAGUGCCAGCUCCCUACUAAACCAGUGUUUAGUAGGAGCAUUAUCUUCAACAGCCUUGGGCUGGAUUGGUUCUUUGGUUGCUAUGAUACUCGCUGUCGGAAUUCCAAAUAUGGACUCGCUCCAGAUUCACCCCUUUAACGGCUCUAGCCUCGAUGAGCUUCAUUUGACUAUAGCUGAACGCUGUGGGUGAUGUCACACUCACUCAGUCCACUUCGUUAUACAGUCUGUGGAUGUGCAGUAGUUUCACUGAACGACUUCUGACUCAAAACAUAAAAGAUUUUAAUAAAAAAGACAUGUUAAUGCGUUGUACUAGUAUUUUCAAAACAAUAAAACAUGAUGAUCUAAAUAUGUUAUGUGGUACAGUUAAUAGCCCAUAGAAGUCCCC